AAAAAAGGCUGAGUAAUGCUGAAGCCUUCUCAUGUGGCUGAUGCAAACCUGGAGAAUUUGCAUCAUCAUUUAGCUGUAGUAAGUUGGUGUGACAGGCAGGAGCUUAAAUACAAGCCCACGAGGAAGCUGAGCUGGUUUGUAAUGAUAGGGCAGCGGCAGCAGCAGCAACAGCGGCGGCAACGUUGGUAGAAGGAGGAGGUGGAGGACUGAGAGCACCAUGAAUACACAGGUGUUUCCAAGUAGUAAUUAGAUAGCUGUGAAGGAUAAAAAUACACCUUUGAGUUUUUACCUGUGAACGCAAUAGCGCUGAGGGAGACAGUCUGAAAGCAAAGAGGGAGACAUCGAUCAGUCACACCAAGAGACACCAAAGUAGAAAGUUUGAGUUUGUUUUUUCCCCUCCCUCUGUUUUAUUUUCCCCCGAGUGUCACUACUAUGGUCAGAAAGCCUGUCGUAUCCACCAUCUCCAAAGGAGGUUACCUGCAGGGAAAUGUUAAUGGGAGGCUGCCUUCCGUGGGCGGCAAAGAGCCACCGGGACAGGAGAAAGUGGUGCUUAAGAAGAAAAUCACUUUACUGAGAGGAAUCUCCAUCAUCAUUGGCACCAUCAUUGGAGCAGGAAUCUUCAUCUCUCCUAAGGGCGUGCUCCAGAACACAGGCAGCGUGGGCAUGUCUCUGAUCGUCUGGACGGUCUGUGGGGUCCUGUCGCUAUUUGGAGCCUUGUCUUAUGCUGAAUUGGGAACAAGUAUAAAGAAAUCUGGUGGUCAUUACACAUAUAUUCUGGAAGUCUUUGGUCCAUUGCCAGCUUUUGUACGAGUCUGGGUGGAACUGCUCAUAAUACGCCCUGCAGCUACUGCUGUGAUAUCCCUGGCAUUUGGACGCUACAUUCUGGAGCCAUUUUUUAUUCAUUGUGAAAUUCCUGAACUUGCAAUCAAGCUCAUUACAGCUGUGGGCAUAACUACAGUGAUGGUCCUAAAUAGCAUGAGUGUCAGCUGGAGCGCCCGGAUCCAGAUUCUCCUAACCUUUUGCAAGCUCACAGCAAUUCUGAUAAUUAUAGUCCCUGGAGUCAUGCAGCUAAUUAAAGGUCAAACACAGCACUUUAAAGAUGCCUUUUCAGGAAGAGAUGCUAGUCUUAUGGGGUUGCCCCUAGCUUUUUAUUAUGGAAUGUAUGCAUAUGCUGGCUGGUUUUACCUCAAUUUUGUUACUGAAGAAGUGGAAAAUCCUGAAAAAACCAUCCCCCUUGCAAUAUGUCUAUCCAUGGCCAUCGUCACCAUUGGCUAUGUGCUGACAAAUGUGGCCUACUUUACGACCAUUAGCGCUGAGGAGCUGUUGCUUUCAAAUGCAGUGGCAGUGACCUUUUCUGAGCGGCUACUGGGAAAUUUCUCAUUAGCGGUUCCGAUCUUUGUUGCCCUCUCCUGCUUUGGCUCCAUGAAUGGUGGUGUGUUUGCUGUCUCCAGGUUAUUCUAUGUUGCGUCUCGAGAGGGUCACCUUCCAGAAAUCCUCUCCAUGAUUCAUGUCCGCAAGCACACUCCUCUUCCAGCUGUUAUUGUUUUGCACCCUUUGACAAUGAUAAUGCUCUUCUCUGGAGACCUCAACAGUCUUUUGAAUUUCCUCAGUUUUGCCAGGUGGCUUUUUAUUGGGCUGGCAGUUGCUGGCCUGAUUUAUCUUCGAUACAAACGCCCAGAUAUGCAUCGUCCUUUCAAGGUACCACUGUUCAUCCCAGCUUUGUUUUCCUUCACUUGUUUCUUCAUGGUUGCCCUGUCUCUCUAUUCGGACCCAUUUAGUACAGGGAUUGGCUUUGUCAUCACUCUGACUGGGGUGCCUGCAUACUAUCUCUUUAUCAUAUGGGACAAGAAGCCCAAGUGGUUUAGAAGAAUGUCAGACAGAGUAACCAGAACAUUACAGAUAAUACUGGAAGUAGUACCAGAAGAAGAUUGUCAUAAAUUGUGAACUAAUGAAUUUGAAAUCUUGGCCAUCAGCCCAAGGGCAGAGAUACAAUGUGGAUCUUUCCUUCAUUUUCUGGAAAUCCAGAGAAUUGCAACUUUGGUGACGGACUAAAAGAAUCAAUUAUUUCUAUUCAUAUCAUUUAGUAUAUUUAAACUAAUUUCUAAGAAAUUUACUUAUAACUCCAUGUAAUUAGUUAUAGGAAGCUAAUGUGCAAUUGUAUAUGAGUUCACACAGUUCUCUAGUGUCCAAUACCUACCUGUUGGAGUUAGGGGAAAAGACUAAGAAAAUGGACAUUACUUUAGUGGUCAUUGUCUACACCAUAUCUCAUUUCCCAUGGCUAAGAACCUUCAAAUUGAAGACUGACGUGUUUUCUGUAUGUGUGGGUUUUGUAAACACGGUUUUACACACCAUAGGUGACUAUACUGUGAAAAAUGUUUUCUAUUCUUCUUAAACACACACACAUCAUUAUUAAGGCAAAGAGAACAAAUAGAAAUUUAUUUUACAUUGACAUUGCAUUACUUCCCCUUAGAUACCAAUUUAGAUAUCACUCAUCUUUUAAUGGAUUGUACUCAGAGCAUUUUGAACAAAGGUCAGAGGGGAUAUGUUGAAUACGUUUUUCUAGGGGCUGUUAUUUAUGAGACAAAUAUAAGAUUUAUGUUGGAGCAAAAAUUCUUGAUAAUAUAUUAUGUUAGUUUUUUUUUUUUUUACUCAUUAUCAGAAAGUUCCACAGUUAUGUGUGAUUUCGUUUUCACAUCAGUCUGUUUGAUCUGGAAAGUGUGUAACACUUCUUAGAGCAAGAAUCACUUUGAUAUUAAAAUGCUCUUAAGAACAACUACCUGCUUCACUAAUAAUUUACCCAUAGAUGAAUAUAUCUAAACAUGUGCAUUUUUAAAUCUUUAAAUUAUGAUAUCAACGUGAGAGAAAUCAAUAAAGAAAAUAUCCCCAAUAUUAGGCCCAACCCUAUAAUCAUAUUGACAUGAAAUGUUAGUAAUUCUGAACAUUGAAAAACAUUUUGGGUAUUUUUACAUUGUAAUGAAUUUUGAGAGUUUGUGUAUUCUUUUGUAUAUUUUAUAAUCUGUUAAAAUAGCUCUUUGGAUGAAAGUGUCCAGAUAAAUUAGGGAAAAGUGCAUAUUAGUAUGAAAAUUGAGGAAGAAAUGUCAUUGCUAAAUAAGAUUUACAACUGAUGUUUCUAAAAUAUUCCACUUCUAUAUCAAGGGUUUUUCAGCAAUUUCAUCACCUUAAUUAUCAUUUAACUUGUAAAAUAGAUAACUAUUAAUAAGUUCAUCAAAAGCAGGAGAAAUUGUGCCUGAGUGUGUGUGUUCAGAAUGUGUUGUUUUUGCCAAUGUUAGAAAAUAUUGUGGCAUUUACAAAGAGGAAUAAUAUAAUAAUGAAAUUUUAGACUGUUACUUAUAUACAUCUAAGAUGAAAUGGUUAUGGUUAGAGUACAUUUCAUCCUUAAUUUUUAUCUAUUUGAAAAUGAGAAUUUUUGAAAGAAUUAUACUGAUUAAAAUUAUUAAGAGCAGACAUAGAAUUUAUAGACAAUUGUCCAAAGAAGAAAUGAUGAUUUGGAGCAAUUUCAAUUCACUAAUUUCAAUUUUUUCUCUUGAUGACAUUUUAUAUAUAUCCAAGACUGACAUUUUUUUUUUAGCUAAACCUAGUGUUUGGGUCUCUAACUGAAUUCAUAACCAUUCCUUUUCUCUUACUCAUAGCAUAAGGUUUUCAGAAUCUGAUCUAUAAUGCAUAUUUUCAGUAUACAUUGUCCAUUUGUCCACCUCUCCCUAUUCUAUCUUAUGAGAAUUAAAAAUUUCAUUUAUAUCCCUAUCUUUUGCACAGUCAAGGCUCAUAAAAUCUAAACAUGCAAACUCUUCUUGAGUUUUUCCUUGCCUUAAUGAAAAAAACUAGUAAAGUCUUCUGGAAAGAUUUGUGAAGUUCUUGGCUAUUCCUGAGGUUAAUGUGAUUAUAUUGACAGUAGCAGAUUGAUCUCAUUAUUUUAUUUAUUUGUUUAUUCUUGGUUCUAAUACUUCUUUAAAUGUAUCCUUGUUCAAGUGAACUGGAAUACAUGUUCAUUAUUUUUCUCUUCUUUUCAAAAGUGAAUUUUACAUUAUUAAAUUUCUACUGCCAUUGUAAUACCAUUAUAACCAGACAGAAAUUCAGCCAGUAAUUUUUUAAAAAAGUGAUGAAGAUGAAGUUGUACUUGAGCUUAUUUUUAAGACACAUCAUAAGAAGACACAGGGUUUCUUUAAUCAGGGAAUCAGUAUUCAUAAUUUUUAUUCAAAAUAGUAGUACAUAAAGCAGAUUCUGGUUCAAAAACUCUCCCUUAUGCACACACACACACACACAUAUAUACACACAUAUAUAAAUAAUGCAUAUUUUUAUACUGCAUAAUUUUUUUCUCAUAUUUUUAAAAUGAUAGACAUAUUUACAUGUGCUAUAUUUGUACCAGUGUGCAUAUACAAAUGUUUGUGUACAUAUUAUGAGUUUAUUAUAACAUUCAAAAGUAAAAGUGACCAAUACAGUUUAAAAUAACUGAUACACUAUUUUCAAUGUUUUGGGUAGGGGAUACAUUGAGUCCCAUAUUUGAUUAUGAUUUUAAAAGACUAGUGAAGACUUAUAAAGUUAAAAAUUUGGCUAAAAAAGGAAUGAUUCUCAUUACACAAUUAUGAAUAUUUGCGGUAAAUAUUUUCCUCAUAAUGCCAAUUUGACCCAAUUUUUAAAGUAUUAGAUUAUGUUCCUUUGAUCAAAUGAAGAAAACUGGAAUAAUAGAAAUGGUGAUUAGGUCAGCUGAAAGUAGACCCUGUUCUUGUCUUUCCUUGGAUCAAAGAUUUGACUCCAGUUCCAAACAUAAAAAAAAUGAGGUGUGUGCAGGACAUGCAUGUGCACUUAUGCCACAGCCCCCAGUCCUGCUGGCCCCAAAUUAGGACAGCUUAUCAGGUUAUAUUAGCAAUGCAUGGCAGUUUCUCUAACACUAAAAUAUGCACUCUGAAUCAAAUUUCCAGAUUGUCUUGUAUGUCUAGUGAAAUUAUUUUCUCAAUUGCUAUUUGAUAUAUCAACAGAUGGUUACAGCAUAUAAUUACAUAACAGAAAUCUUCAUAAACUGUAAUCAGACUUCAGGAAACUCGUUAUUUUAUCUUGAUUUGCAGACGAAGGUAAUGCUAAGAAACGGAGCAACUCUGACCUUUGCUAAAGUUGACCUCUUAUAAUUGAGGCAUAAGUUAUGAAAAGAGAGAAAACUGAAGGUCAGAGUAACAGGAAAUUAUAGUAUGUGAGUAGAGGUGACAGUAUUUUGGGCUUAUGCAAUAUAGUCAGAGAAAUAUUAAAAAUUAGUUGUCUGCUAUGCAUAGGUGGAUAUCCCAAGAGGCUAAUGAAAUAUAAGCUUCAGUGCCCUUCACUUAAGCAUGCCUCUUCCAAGGUCCUGAACUUAACUUUGAGCUAGGAAUUUUGUAUUAAUUUUCUUGAGGAAGACCAGCAAAAUUGUGUAUAAUUCUGGCCUCACAAAUAUCUGCAUUUGUCCUUGUGAGUAAGCUAAAGUAACUCCCAUUAUUUUUUUCUAUCAAAAAUGAGCAUGGCUUAUUUGUAAGGUAUAUUUUUAAAUAUUAAAGUUAUGAGUAAUUGAAGUAUCUCUAUGGAAUAUAAGUGGAUUUCUCAUAAUGUGUAUUAUGUGAUUUAUGAGGAGAUAGUUUCAUCUUCAUUCUGAAUGAUAGAAAAACAAUGAAUACGAUUUGAAUCAUAGCUCUUUUUCUUAGUUUGUAAAGAAAUAUAAAGCGAUUUGGGAUUUGAAUGUAGAUGACUUAAGCAAUUUGAUUUUACUUGAAUAUAAUCUUGCUUCCUUUUACCCUACAUGAUAUGCAGUGUGUUGGUGCUGAUAGUGUUUACAGAGUUACAUGUUACUUUCCUAACCAUUCGAAGUCAGGAAUUAAAAUAUGGUGUAACUGGUGAGGAGCUCAUAGUGGAUAUAAUUUAGAGUAGAUAAUGAGUCAUCAUGGUAGCUUGUUUACAUUACUUAUCUAUGAGUAAAGAAUCAUUAUCUAUAUAUGUAAUAAUUUUCUCAUAAACAGUAUUUUUAACAGUAUGUUUAAAUCUAUCCUAAUAUAUAUUAAUAUAAUGCCUAAAAGUGCGACCGCCAAGUAGGCCUUAGUUUUAUUAGUACUGUACUUUAAAAAGAUUUUUUAAUAGUUAAUUUUUGGAGGUAAUUCUUUCUUCUGUUGCAUUUUCAAAUUAGUUGGGGUCUAAAAUUAAAUGUUUUGUCUACUUUUAGAUUAGCUACAGAUUCACUAAUGCAUAAAUUACGUUUUCACAGAAAGUUCACCAAUUUUCCUUAUGUUGUGAGAUAAGGAUCUCAAAAAGAUCACUUGAUCUUUUUGAACCAUUUCUCUAUUUUAUUUGAAUGAAUUAAUUACUCUCUUUUAUUUCUUGACAUAUAUGCUCAAAGUAGGAAGCGAAUCUUAAUUUGAAUUUAUACCAUUUCUUAGAUUUUCUUAGUGUGCAUCGAUCAGUCAGGUUUACUUUUUUUGUGAGUUUGCUUCCUCUUCUUCUUUGUUACCAUUUAAAAUGGCUUUAAAAUGCACAGAGGAUGGUUACAGUUUCUAAAUAUCUCUCUGUUACAUGUGUGUAUUUCAGUGUACUUGGAUCAAGGGUACAUUUAUAGUAUCAAUAACUGCCUUUACAGGUUUAUUGAUAACAAUUCUCUCAAGAAACUGUGGAGCAUUAGGAUCUGAGAGCUAUACAGAUGGCUACACUUGUUUGAACAUGAAUGUGUGCUUUUUCCCCCUUGACAUAUACACUACUGAUUUUAAAAAGGAAAGUAGGACUUUCAAGUGAAUUAAUUUAUUGGUUAGGAGAAUUGCUUGCUAAGUCCUCGUUACCUCAUGUUGAAGCCUCUAAAAACCAUACUCAAAGCCAGACAGGGGGAAAAAGACUAAUAAUGCACAGAUGUCUCUUUUGCAGCGGUGACUGUACUUUGAGUACCUUGUGUGACCAAGUAUUUUGCACAGCAUCUUAUGGGAAAACAUAUCAGGCUUUUGGAUGUUAUAGCUGUAUAAUUGGGUUGUGAGUGGUCUGGCUUAUAAAAUUAGACCUCACAUACUCCUAAUAAUUAACUUUAUUAGCACAUGCUUGAAAGCACAGUCAUGUCACACUGGGAGAGGCAAGGCAAUGUGGUUCCUGGGUCCUGGGUUUGAACUGUCUUAUUUCAAAGGGUUUCUGAUUUAAUUUUGCCUUAGAAUUUCUUCUUACUUCAAACUUUCCAUUUACUAAUACAAUAUAAAGUAUAUAUUAAAGUAGAAACGUACUUUGGAGAAAUGAAACAGAUUGCUUCAAAUGAAUGUAUGCUUGUAACAGACUAGAAAUGAUCUACAUGAAACUACUAUGUAUAUUAAUUAUUUCAAGCACUACCACAUAGCAUUUCUUAAUACGCUAAAAGUGAGAAACCACCAAAAUUCUCCAACAAUUUUAAGUAAUCUGAUCCUCUCCUUGGAGAAAUUUGUUACUUAAUAGUUUUCCUUUGUGAAUGUUAAAGUAACUUAUUAAUCUGGAACUAAACAUUUAAUAUUUAAAUUUUGAAAACUGGGUUCUUCUUUGGAUGUGAUUCAUGUUCAGAGAGUAAAAUAACACUUAACUCUUUUAGGACAGUUCCUAGAAUAUGUAGUAAUAUUAGGAUAUAUUUUGCUUUAAAAUUUGAAUAGAGACACUGGCCUGAAAUUUCUCUCUCUCUCUGUAGAUGGGUUGUAGCACAAUAGUAAUGAGUUUUGGGUAGUAAUUCUCAACAUUUGGGAACUUUGCAAAGUUUGCAAACUUUGCAAACAUCAGAUGUGCUAAAAGUGUUUUACUUAAUGCUAUGAAAUACAUUGUUUUCUCCCUGUGGCAAACAGGUGAACGAACAUGUAGUUGUAUUUUACUGAUAGUAAAUGUUGGCUACCUGUGGUUUUAUAGUAAGCACAUGUCAGAAAAAGGCAAGACAAAUGGCCUCUUGUACUGAAUGCUUGGUGAACAUAAUUUGUCUUGCUUUUCUGACAAGGAUUUGACUCCACAUUUCAUAGAGCUUGUUUCUUACUUAUCAUAAAGUGGAUUACAUGGUAGUGAUGCACUGGUAAAGAUGGUUUUCAGUUAUUGACUCAGAAUUCAUUUCAUGAUGAAUCUUUCAUGUCUUUUUAUUGUAAAUAUAUCUGAAUUUACUUUAUAAAAAUGGUUUUAGAGAGCUUUGUCUAAAAAUUUGACCUAGUAAAAGUAAAUUCUUUUUCAGUUUGCAAGGUGUAGAAUAAUUUGUGUGUGUGUCGGUAUGUUCAUAUGAACAUAUUACUAGGUAUGAAUGUGUUUCAAUAGCUUUCAUAUUCUAUGACAAGCAUCAGUAAUUUGCAACAGGGGAAUCAAUUUAGCCCAGUGGGAAAGUGGUAGCCAGGUUACUCUUGAGGGUUAUGCUGGCAACCAUCUCUUUGAUCUGUGCUUACAUUGUAAUUUAUAGAAGAGAUAAAUUCCUAACUUCGAUCUGGAAUGCAUUUUUCUUGACCUUCUACCAUUUCCAAAACUGCAGGGGCAUGGUGGAUGUUAGGGUCUAGUGACAUAAAGUGCAGGAACAGAGCGAUUCAGCUGAGAAAAAGUGACCCUUGACAUGCUCACUGGUCUACAUCUCAGGCAGGAUUCCUUCACUCUGGCAUUGUGAUAAUGAAACUUGGUAAAGGUGAUUGUGUGUAUUGUAUGAAAAUUUAACACGAUACCUUACAUUGAUUGAUAAAUUCUUAAGGGGUGAGAUUACUUCUCUGCAUCUACAUUCCAAUCCUAUUAGGAGUACUAACAUAUUUAACUAUGAAAAUAUAAAUGAUGCAGAGGGACUUCCAUUUGUAGUUUGUAUUGUGUUUCUUAGAGUUCCUUGGCACUGAUGCCUGUACCAGCAUGUGAUAUGUGAAAUAAAAUGGAUUCUUCUAUAGCUAAAUGAUUUCCCUCUGGGGAGAGUUCUGGUGCAGUACUCACACUACCAGAUGGUGUUUAUGGGCUAUUUUGUGUAAGUAGUAAGAUGCUAUGAAAUAAGUGUGCUUUCAUCUGAUGGAAACUCUUGAUACAUGUGCUUUUGUAUGGAAUACAUUUUGGUGCAAUAUAAUGUCACUCAAUUUUGCAUUGAAUUGGAUUUCAGUUGUGUUUAUGUGUAUGUAUAACUGCCAUGCUUCUAGUUGCUUCAAUCUUUGUAUAUCUGGUUUUGUACAUAUUUUUACUUGAACAUAUUUUAAAAGAAAAUUUAAAUAAACCUUUGAUAGUUUACAUAAUAAA